ACCGAUCGUCUGCAUGAACUGGAAAAUAUCAAGCGCCGAGAGGACGAGGACAGAGCUUCGCUCGUAUCAGAGCCAUUUUUGCUGAAAAUAGAGCUUUCUCAGAUGCCUCAAACUCUAAUUCUGAAGCCUGUUGUUUCAGCUCCUCUACCCAAUUGGAGUAAAUCGCAAGCACACACACAUUUUAUUAGUUCAAACAUUAAUGUACGUGGAAGAUUGGAGGUUACCUGUAUGGGUAUGUUGACACCCAGAAAGUUCUUACAGAAAAGGAAGAAGUUGGAAGUAUUUAAGGAUGCAGCUGAUGAGGCAGAGCAGAAGAAUUGGAGGAGACUGAUGAAUGAAAUAGAGGAGACAGGCUCUGCUGUUUCUGUGCUCCGAAGUGAAAGAAUUAAAAAUGAGGCUAUUCCGAAGGACUUGGUGUUGGGGACCUUGGUUAGAUUUAAACAGCUGAAGAAAUGGAACCUAGUCAGUGAGAUUCUUGAAUGGCUCCGGACCCAGAGCUGGUGGAACUUUAGUGAAAUGGAUUUCGUGAUGCUUAUUACAGCUUAUGGCAAGCUAGGGGACUUCAAUCGUGCAGAAAAAGUUCUAAACUUGAUGAAUAAGAAGGGUUAUCCCCCCAAUGUGGUCUCUCAUACUGCUCUUAUGGAAGCGUAUGGAAGAGGUGGCAGGUAUAGUAAUGCCGAAGCAAUCUUUAGAAGGAUGCAAUCUGGUGGUCCUGAACCUUCUGCAUUGACAUAUCAAAUAAUGCUAAAAACUUUUGUUGAGGGAUCUAAAUUCAAGGAAGCUGAAGAACUCUUCAACUCCCUCUUGAACAAGGAAAAGCCAGUGUUGAAGCCAGACCAAAAGAUGUUCCACAUGAUAAUUUACAUGUUCAAGAAGGCUGGGAAUUAUGAAAAGGCUCGAAAAGUAUUUGCUGAAAUGGCAGCACGAGGAGUUCCUCAGACUACAGUUACUUAUAAUAGUUUGAUGUCUUUUGAAACUAACUACAAGGAGGUCUCAAAGAUUUAUGAUCAGAUGCAAAGAGCUGGACUUCAACCAGAUGUUGUCAGCUAUGCUUUACUCAUAAGUGCUUAUGGUAAAGCUAGAAGAGAGGAAGAAGCACUAGCAGUUUUUGAGGAAAUGCUUGAUGCUGGUAUCAGACCAACUCACAAAGCUUACAAUAUUUUGCUUGAUGCAUUUGCAAUCUCUGGAAUGAUCGAGCAAGCUAAGAUCGUGUUCAAGAGUAUGAGAAGGGACAGGUGUAGUCCAGAUAUUUGCUCUUAUACAACCAUGCUAUCAGCUUACAUUAAUGCGUCUGACAUGAAGGGAGCUGAAAAUUUUUUUAGACGACUGAAACAAGAUGGUUUUAGACCCAACGUUGUUACAUAUGGUACAUUGAUCAAAGGAUAUGCUAAAAUAAAUAAUCUUGAAAAGAUGAUUAAAAAAUAUGAAGAAAUGAAGGUCAAUGGUAUACGAGUGAAUCAGACGAUUUUAACGACGAUCAUGGAUGCAUAUGGAAAGAACAAGGAUUUUGGUAGUGCUGUUAUUUGGUUCAAGGAAAUUGAAUCUUGUGGCCUUCGGCCUGAUCAAAAAGCAAAAAAUAUCCUGUUAUCUUUGGCAAAAACAGCAGAAGAGCUCGAUGAAGCGAAUCAACUCGUGGGAUAUUCAAGUCAGAGUAGCAAUCCUCAAAGAGCUGGUAAGUUUUUCAGCUCUGUUGUUGAGGAUGAGGAAGAAGAUGAUGAUGAAUUAGAUUAUGCAGAUGAUGUAAUUCCUCAUACUAAUCAAAGAGAUGAGAAAAUUAUUUUAAAUGGCAUUCAUCAACAAAACUUGGAGCAAAAUCUGGAGGGGUUAUGUGCUAAGAUUUGCUAAUGUUAUAUAUUAGUGCAGUUUUCUGUUUAUUUACUCUCUAUGUUGGUAUAUUGUAAUACAAAAUCACUUGGCUGGAGAAAUUGAAGCUGCAAAAAUCACUUAGCCUCUAUGUUGGUACACACGACAGUGGAACUUUGAUGGCCAGUUUUGUUGUAAUAUAUCCAUUCGUUUUUCUCACAUA